GAUAUGAAUGAAGAGGAAGAUCAGUCAAUAGCAAAUAUGGAGAAUGACCGAGUGGAGGGAAAACAAAAACAGGGGUGCGAGGUGGUAUUUGUGAAAGAGAUAAGGACUGGAAUGAAAGCUAAGUCCCAGCUAAAAGUGCAACGAAUGACCAGGUCCGUUGCUGAAAAAAGAAAGGAACAAAGUGCUAACAUGAUGAUGUUUUGCAUUUUAGUGGAAAAUUGUUUAGGCGAGAUGAACAGCAUCAAGCAAGAUGCUGAAAUUUUUGGAUUCCAAACAAAAACUAUGUUUAACAAGGAGGUUUGCCGCUCUGUUAUCAACUUUCAGCAGGUUUCAAAUUCAGUUGUUGAAAUUUGGGCGAGGUACUUGCAUGAGAAAAUGGAGGCUGAUGGAGGGGACAUGCCAGUCCAGUUUGGUACUUCUGCUGCCAUAGCAAUACCAAAGAGGGCAUCACACCAAGCGGUUACUAGGAGGUCACAAUACAUAGCUGAUCUUUUGGAUAUUUCCUUGCUUGGACAAAUGACUUUAAUCCCCUAUAAUACCGGGAAUCAUUGGGUGUUGGUCGCCAUCGACAUGGCAGCUGAAAUGAUUUACUACCUAGAUUCCUUGGGAGGAAUUCCAUCGAAGGAUUUGGAGGAAAUCAUGAAUCAAGGGGUGACGAUUAAUCAUGCCCAAAAAUCCAAGAAAAGGUUGAAUUUAAAAUGGGUGAGAGUGAUGUGCCCUAAGCAAACAUGAGGAGUUGAGUGUGGUUACUUUGUGAUGAAGUACAUGAAGGAUAUUGUAUCUGACGUGAAUCGUUUGAAACAGAAUUUCUCUACCGUCAAGGAGUAUACCGAAGAUGAUAUUUUACAAGUGCGUGAGGAGUGGGCUUUGUAUGCUGCUACUUUGAUAAAAAAUGUGCAAGCGGAUCCUACAAAGGCUUGAUGAUAUGCACGGGGAGAUGCAUUUCUGAUUAUUGUUGAUGGCGGUUAGAAUGGUCGGUGUUAUGUUAUGUUUGUAGAAUGUAGAGGCAGGUCAAACUUUUGAUAACUAAACAUUGGUACC